AUGUUUAUUAAUAGAUAUUCUGAUAUGGCAGAAUUGAUUGGAAUUAUUCAAAAAAAAACACGCGAAAAAAAUACGUCAAAAUUUACACAAUUCGGGAAAGAAUUAAAAUCAAAAUUAGAUGAAGCAAUUAAUGAAUUAGUUGGUGAAGAUAACGGCGUUAUUAAUAAUUGGGCUACUGAAAUGAAAGAAAUCCACGAGAGAAUGAAGAGAAAAGGGAGUGAACACUUGGAAAGAGACGAUGAAUCAAUCAAGAAGUUGAAACUUGAUCUCGAAAAUAAUCUGUCUAGCAAAAAAAAAUUUUUUGAUGAUUUGUCAAAAUUUGAUUCGGGUUCCCAAAGGUUUCAUCGAAAAUUUGUUGAUGAUUUAACACAAUUACGUGACAUAGAAAGAUACGAAAUAGAUGAAAAGUUGAAACAAUUUACUAAUGAACAAGAUCGCAUCAAUGGCUCUUUAUUACGUAAGAACAAGGAAUGUCAUAAUAUCUCUAAAUUGAAAAAACACUUUUUGCAAAUUUGA